AACACUCAGGUAAGAACUUCUCAGGCAGAAAGCAGGAAGAGGGUGACUCGUGCAAGGAUCAGAUAGCACCUGCUUGGUCUCUCAUUUAUUAAUGAUUUAACAAGGGCAGUCACAUGGGACAACGGCUGCUCUUCUCUGCCCUCAUUUUUCUCACUAACAGGUCUGAAAAUUGAACAAGAUGGACGGGUCCAGCAAAGAGGAGGAAGAUAGCACGUUCACCAACAUUUCUUUAGCAGAUGACAUAGAUCAUUCACAAAGGAUUUUGUAUCCAAGGCCUAAUAUUUUGUUAUCCAAGAUGAUGAAUGCUGACAUGGAUGCAGUUGAUGCUGAAAAUCAGGUGGAACUGGAGGAAAAAACACGACUUAUUAAUCAAGUGUUGGAACUCCAACACACACUUGAAGAUCUCUCUGCAAGAGUAGAUGCAGUUAAAGAAGAAAACCUGAAGCUAAAAUCAGAAAACCAAGUUCUUGGACAAUAUAUAGAAAACCUUAUGUCAGCUUCUAGUGUUUUUCAAACAACUGACACAAAAAGCAAAAGAAAGUAAGGGAUUGAUACCCUCCUGUUUUAUGGAAUUGCUGCUGAUCUUUUUUGUUUAAAACUUGGAUAGAUUCCAAAAGUUCCCAUACCUUUGUGGCUUCAUUCAAUAUUUAUGAAGAUAAUGUCAGAUGUAGGCAAAAUUAACAGCAUAACAGGAGACUGCUAUGAGUUUGUGUAUUAGUCUAUGAAAACGUGCAAAUGUAUUGUAGACACUUUAUAACUAGAAUUGCAUAUAUUUAUGAAACUUAAAGAUGAAUGUUUUAUUGAAUUUGUUUUGAUUUGUAGGUGUAGCACUGUCUUUUAUUAUAGGCUUAGUAAGAUAUAUAAGAAAUAACCACCAUGUUGUGACAAAGUGACCAAAAUCAUGUCCUGAAUGCACAGCUUUAUGUACCCUGUCCACCAUCGUGUGCCUCUUCUCCAUUUGCCUCGUCCAUACUGUUUUCCCUUCCCCUAAUGAAAACAAUGGUUUCACAUUGUAAAAGUAAUUUUAAUAAUCAUGUCUGAGAGUAACCUGAAUUUUAAUUGUUGGAACUUAACCAAAAUGAGAUACUUUCUCAGCCAGGACAUGUCAUUUGAGAUAUUUAGAAUUAAGACAGGAUUGCUUAUUUCCCUUAAAAUCAGUUGAUAACAGAUGGAGGCUCUACAAAUGAAGGUUUUUCUUUGAAACUGAAUUGUCAACAUGGGAAAGUUUGUUAAAAACUUGUUUUUGCACAAAAUAACCCAUUUGGUAUCUGAAUAGAUAAGAAUUCUGGUCAUGUGUGUGUUUAAAAUAGAAAAUUUUGAAGAGAUAUAGAAAUAGGGUAGAAAAAUAAAAAUAGGGUAGAAAAGUAAAUAGUGGUGGCUAACCCAGUGUUUUCACUACAGGUUUGUAUUAUCUCUGGCACACAGUAGAUCUUUUGGAAAUACAUCUGAAAGUGGAUUUAACCUAACUACUCUUAUGUAAGCCACAUCUGGGAGAGAAUGUUACAAAGAGAUUGGUCUCAAGGUUUAUUUUUACCCAGAUUAACUUUUGGAAAAUUCCUUAAGAGUAUAUUAAUGUCAGAAUUAUGAAUAAAAUAGGAGAGUUUACAUGUAAACUAAUUGAUAAUCUUGCUGAAUAUUUUAUCUCAUUUGUUUACCUAGAAUUUUCUGUAAACUUCACCACUUUGCAGAGUUUUAGUUAUCCUUUAAUUAUAUUUAAAUGUUUAGUUUGUAGAUUCCAUUUGGUAAGGGAAUAAUCAUCAGAAAUAAUGCUAAAAUAUUAUAAUAGGAUAAGAGCUUCACUAAUACAGCUUAUGGUUAUUAGAUUUGAGCUACUUUUAAUCAUGGAAUUACCUUAUGCAUUGGUAUAAGAGUUGAUGAAUGCUAGCUGUAGUCACAUUGCAAACAUUUUGUAUCCCUUUUGUGACCCUAUUUACAUACAUUUAUAUUGUGUUGCAAUUCUGCUUUGCUGUUUAAUAAAAAGCUGUUUCAAAGAUUG